GACGUAAUUUGAUUGACGUUGCUCGAAUCUGGGGUUGAACUAUUGGGAUCCUCAUUUGGCUAAAAAAAGAAAACAAACUAAAUAGUUGAAAUGAUUUUUGGAUAACUUAAGAUAACUGUGAUUAUAUGUGAAUGAAUUCAUAAUAAUUAUGGUUCGAGAAUCAAGGCAUCUUUGGGUUGGUAACCUACCAGAAAAUGCGAGAGAGGAGCAGAUACAAGAUUACUUUUCAAGGUGUUGUACACUUGCUAAUUACCACAAGGCUUUACUACUGUUGCAAGAGAGUUUUUAUGUCUUACAAUUUAAAAAUUACCCACAUGUUUAGUGUUAUUUAAUUAUAUUUGGUUGCAUAAAUUGUAUAUGGCUAGCCAGAUAUUACAAAUAUAUAUAGCUAGGAGCUGAGUAGAAGCUGGCGAGCUGACUGUCCAUUAAAAACUUGCAAAAUUGUGUAAUAUGGCUUUAUGUUAACCUGUAUAACAGAAUAGAUGUUUGCAGUAACACAGUAGCUAAUAAAAGUUUUAUUUUUUGCCUUUUUACUUUCAAUUUAAACUCCAGCUUGCUAGCUAGCUAUGAAAGUGAUUAAAAAAGAAAAUUGUUUUUGUUAAUAAAGGUAUGGUCGAGUUGAAAAGGUAAAGUUGCUGCCGAAAACAAGUCCAGAUGGUGGAAGAGCUGCCUUUGUAGAUUUUGUUGACAUUCGUUCAGCUACAAAAGCUAAUGAAGCACCUAACCGAAUGGGUGAACGAGAUCUCCGUACAAAUUAUAAUGAACCAGGUAAAACUCCAGACUAUGGCAGAGGAGGACAGUCCAUGCACCGUAUACAUGGUGGUUAUCCACCUGCUGGGUAAGUAUCCAUGGUGUUUCAAGAUUUUGUAAUGUGGUAUUGUAUACUAAGCUUUGUGUUGGUAAUACACACUUUGAUGGAGAUAUAUAUAAUAUAAAUUGAGGUAAGUUUGGAGUUUGAAGAGAGUACAUUUGGAAGAAAAACUGAAGAUUUUGGCUGAAUAUAAAGGCUUUAUUAGUUGGCUUGGAUGGUACUUUAGACAUGUUAUGUAGUGGAAGUUGCAUAGCAAAAUGCUUAGUUGGAGUUUAAGGUUUCUGGAACUUAUUUAAUGGUCUAAUGCGGUUGCUGUUCUUGAUAUUUGCAAUUGUGUUAAAAUUUGGCAAUACAUGUAUAAAGAAGUUGCACAAAUUACUUACUUAUUUGGUUAUUGCAUGGUUUAACUAAAUACAUCUUGAUUAUAUUGUUGAAUUUUUGUUUUUAUUUACUUUACAUAUCAUGUUACCUGCACACAUUUUUAUUUGCCCAGAAACGACAUCUGUUGGACUGUUUGUUUUAGGAUUUUUUCCAAUGCUAGUUAUAUUUGAGGGUUGCGAAAAACAUGAAGUGCAGUAGAAAAUUUGCUACAUAAACCUAAAAUCCAAGAGAAUUUGUUAUAUACAUAAUUGGUCCAUUAAAAUCCGAAAGCUAUUAAAAAUGGAUUGUGGAUAUGCUAUUAUGUAGUUCUCUUAGUCAGUCUUAAAAAUGAUUAAAAGCUCUGUGGCGAAGGAUGGAAUAUCGAGGACAACCUGUGGUAAUCUAUGCUGCACCUCCUCCAGCAGACCAUGUAAUUCAUGCUGCGCCCUAUCGUGCAAUGUACUCAAGAGAUGAUCGUAGGCCACCUCCUACAUAUCAGCCGAGAAGAGAAAGGGGCAGAAGUCCAGCUUCACGUGGAAGUUUUUCUGAUGGAGAGCCAAGUCCAAAAAGUAGAUCUCGUGUUGGCGAAUAUUCCAGUGAUUCAGAUGACAGUAAAAAAAAUAGCAACCGCGCAACAGUUUUGGUGAAGAAUUUGUCUUCUCGAACACCUGAUUCCAAUUUAGAAGAGGAGUUGUACCAUGAAUUUAAGAAAUAUGGAGAAAUCCUAAACAUUAAUAUCAAAGGGGAAGGUCUGGACAGGCAUGCCUAUGUUAAAUUUAUGAAAACGGAUGAAGCAGAAGAAGCAUGUCAUAGCUCAGGGAAACUUUUCCUUGGUCAAGAGAUUAAAGUGUUAUUAAAAGGACACCGGUCUCGUCGAAGUAUGCAGGAAGAACUAAGCUUUGAUCCACAUGCAACGAGAACUGUGUUUGUUGGUAACCUUGAGAAAACUAUGAUGCAUGGAGAACUGCGUAAUAUAUUUGAAAGAUUUGGUGAUGUUGUGGAUGUGGACAUAAAGAAAAUGCAAACAGGUGUGACGACAUACUCGUUUGUACAAUACAUCGAUAUAAAUGGUGCCAUGUUGGCAAAAAGAAAAAUGGAUCGUCAAUACAUAGGUGAAAAUAGAGUUAAGGUUGGCUACGGACGUGGUACACCAACAAAUUCUUUAUGGGUCGGUAAUCUUCAAUCAAACGCUUCAGAAAGCCAAAUUUCUAAAGCUUUUCAUCCAUUCGGCUAUGUGCAGAGAUGUCUUCUCGAUAAGAAGUUCGGUCAAGCUCUGGUGAGGUUUGAAACUAUCGAGUCUUGUACACGAGCCUUCGCUGAGAUGCAUGGCAAAUUGUUUCUCGGAAAAAGACUUGCGGUCGAUUAUGCUAGUCCUGCUUGUCGCGAUGGAUUUUACAGCCGCAUGGAAAAAAAUGGUUUACUUGAUCGUCGUCAACUAGAACCAUCACCCACACCACCAGAUGCACAUAUGAAUUUUCAGAAUGUUGCACGUGGCGGUCCGUUCCAUCCCCGAGGAGUAUAUGGCGCACGUACGUAUGAUGCACCAACUUACGUGCAACGUGAAAAAGAUUAUGGAGAUUAUCGGGAUGAUAAAUACGCUACUAAACGCGAUUACUCGUACGGACGAGAUAAAUAUAAAGAUAUUCAAAGGAGUCACUCACCCUUGUCACGGGAGAGUAUUUCACCUAAAAGACGCAUAUCGCGUGAAUCGAUCAGUCCUGUAAGCAGUUCAGGUUUUUAUAGCGGUGGUAAACCUGUAAGGGUUGAAAAAGAAAAGAGAAAGAAGAGAAAAAGAAGCAUAGCUGAGCCACAAGUCUCAGAGGAACCAUCCAAAAAGAAAGAGAAGAAGAAGAAAAAAGAGAAAAAGGAGAAACAGAAGAAGGUAAAAGCCACACAAGGCACUUUUGAUCUUGGAUACAGCAUAAACGAACAGGAAGAGGAGCCUGCUGCUCUUCCGGAAGCUCCGAAAACGAAGUCCGAACUAAAAAAGGAAAAAAAAGAAAAAAAGAAAGCGGAAAAGGCGGAAAAGGCUCGUAAGAAAGCCGAGAAGAAGGAAAGAAAACUAAAAAAGCUGCAGAGCAUGGAGGAUACAGCAAACGCUGUGAACUCUGAAGUAAAAUCCGAAAAAGCUGAUCAGCCUUCUGAAACUCCCCUUCCCGGUACGAUUGAACACAAAGCCCAUCUAGAAAUUAAGGCGGAAGAGACGGGGAAUACUCCUGACGAAACAGCGUCUUUACCUGUGGAAGAAUUCGAACUGGUUAAGCCAAAAACUGAAGAAAUUAGUGAAGGCGAAGGAAUUGUUGAAGAGAAAACUGUGAAAGUUGAACACGUGAAUGGAGACGUUAAAACAGAAUCGACAGAGGACGAAUCAAAACCAGUUGUAGAUAAAAUUUCGGAAGAUAAUGCACAGGAAAAGCAGUGUUCUGAGGCGAAACCUUCGGCUUCUGAUAUAAAACCAAAUGAAAUGUCUGGCAACGAAGCGAAGUCUUUAUCUCCAUCAAAGGAAGUUACCGUACCUUUGGAGAAAGCUCCAGCAACAACUUCUAUGAAAGAUUCCUCCGACUCGUCAUCCUCAUCCUCCUCAUCUUCAUCCGAGAGCGAAGAUAGUGAUGACAGUUCAGAUGAAGAAGAUAAAUCUAAACAGCGCGUGUAUCGGACAAAUAGUAAAGAUGAUAAGCGUAGUUCGCUACCACCCGUGGAACGUGAUGCGAAAAACCGAGAGCCAAAAGCAUAUCGUGCAGAAGGACGCAGCGAAAAGUCUUACAAUGACUAUCGUCACGAUCGUUCGCGUGAGAGAAGCCGAGAAAGCUACAGGGAACGAGAAUAUGCUCGUAGCAAGUACCCAGAAAACAGAAGAAGUCCUCCACCGUCAUUCAGAUCACUUGCAAAGGAUCGAUUAGAUCAAAGCAAGCCAUCUGGUAUAGGCGUAAGAUCCCGAUCCAGAUCACCUUACAGUAAACGUGAAAACUCGUAUGAUCGAAGGCGUGGACGUAGCCCCGGUCAUAGAUCACCACAAUAUGAUAGACGAGGACUGGAGAGGUCUUCAAGAAGAUUAUCACCUCCUCCACCACCACCUGGGAAAGAUAGUAGAGAUCAAUCAUCUAAUCGAAACAAUGGACCACAUCAAGGUGAAAUUGUCAGCAGUGGAGGCAGUGGCGGUGGACAAAGUACUGACACGUUACUUGAUUUAUUGCGAAGAUUUCCGGUGAUGUGGCAAGGUCUGUUGGGUUUAAAAAACGACACUGCUGCUGUUCAAAUGCAUUUUCUUUCAGGUUCCGUACGAAUAGCUGAAGCAUCAUUACCACGAGCUGCGCAACCAAACGAAGUGCCGCCUCCAUUGCGUAUAUCUCAACGAAUGAAGCUCGAACCGUCACAACUUGAAGGAGUUGACAAGAGAAUUUCUCAACCAAAAGAGCAUUGCAUGUUAUUGGCCCUUCCCUGUGGUCGAGAUCCACUGGAUGUACAUGCACAAACACGUGCACUAAAGACUGGCUUUAUAACGUAUUUACAACAGAAGCAAGCAGCGGGUAUAAUUAACGUGCCCACCCCUCCCAACGUAAUGCCUGGAUAUGUUGUUCACAUUUUUCCACCAUGCGAUUUUGCACAAAGACACCUCGCUCACGUCGCUCCAGAUCUGUUGGACAGUGCAGCAGAUAGCGGACAUCUGAUGGUUUUAAUAACACCAGCGUAAAUAUCGUGAAGGUUACCUGCAAUGAUCGUUGUGAAAGAUCUAGCUUACUGUCAUGUCGUUACUAAAGAUGUCCCGCAGAGUUCUUCUACUACUCUGUCGUCUGUGUACUUUAUCCGAAGUUUUAGCAUCUAACAGAAACUCCAAUGGAGUGGAGACUGCUCUAUGAAGGACAAUUUCAAAAAUAUACCCGUUGUUUUUUAAGCUUUUUUGUAUAUAUAAUUGCAUGUGUAUAUUUACAGAAAGAUAUAGAACUAAACCAAUUA